UGGUAAUCACUUGUUUUCGUUUUGUUAUGAUUUAUCGCAAAAAUAUACGACAGUGAACUAUUUAAAUAUUGAUAAAACUGUGGAAAAGUGAUUACUCUUUAAUUAGCGUCAAACGAGAAUAACGAAAAAAUAAAAAAGGCCAAAAAUACAUUAAGAACAAGUAAUAAAGAAAUUUAUUCUACAUACGCAAAACAAGCUUGGUGUCGUGGGUGUGCAGAUAGUUCUAUACUUUUUAGGAAGUUGAAGCUACGUCAGAAGUAUGGGCGAAUCGAAGUGUUAUACACUGCUAAGAGAUCCUAGUACAUAUACACCAGAUACAAUCGACUUGAACAAAGAUACAAAGGCGGCUGCAUAUUGGUUCCCUUGCUUUCGUGACUUGGUUGCAAAAUUUGCCACACAGGCAGCCGAAAGUCAAUGCCAAAUUGACGACACAGCCACAGAACGAGCGGAAAACUUCCGUAAAGCCUAUUUGGCAAAACUAGACGAAUACCAAAGAAAUACAGAAAUUAAUGCGACCAACAAUGUGGUGCUGGGUAUACGGGAAUUGCUGGAAUUGAAUGAGACGCAAUUGCGUUUAUUUGGUUUUGAUGAUCCAUGGAAACAACAAAAACUCUUAGAAAACACAGCUGCCGUUGCCAACUUAAAGAAGCGGUUGGAAGAGUUAGAUGCCAUCGACGACAAUGCAGCGCGUUGGACAGAGCUGGUACGCGGUGUGCUUGCUGGUAACAUGUUCGAUUGGGGUGCACAAGCUGUUGCGAGUAUUUUGAAUGAGGAUACAAAUUUCGGUUUGCAUGCAGCACUGGAGCGUAUACAAAAGCGUCCCUGGCUUAUAGACAACCUGGACGCUUGGCUGCAGCGGCUGCGUGGCAAUGCGCAUAAAUGUGCGCUUAUUUUCGUCGACAAUAGUGGUGUAGAUGUUGUGCUAGGCAUGCUGCCAUUCGUGCGUGCACUGCUGCAACGUGGCACUAAAGUACUACUAUGUGCAAAUACCGAACCUUCGUUGAAUGAUGUGACAAGCGGAGAGCUGUCCGAAUUGUUGGAUAAAUGUUGCAUACAUUGCAGCGUGCUCGCAAAAGCAAAGCAAGAGCAAAAUUUAUUAGUGUAUGCGAAUGGACAGAGCGGUCCCUGCUUGGAUAUGCGUACAUUGCCGAGUGAAUUAUGCGAUGCUAUACAAAAACAUGAGACUGACUUGCUAGUAAUUGAAGGUAUGGGGCGUACGCUGCAUACAAAUCUCUAUGCGAAAUUCAACUGUGAGACACUUAAACUGGCUGUCAUAAAGAAUAAGUGGCUGGCAGAGCACUUGGGCGGUGAUACCUUUGCAGUUAUAUGCAAAUAUGAAGAUGCAAGCUAGUUAAUACCACCUAUGUUGUACUGCCGUUUUAUUUGAGAUUAGAUUAUCUAUUUUGGACUACUUGUAUUAAAGAGAUGGCGACGCGUUAUAAUCGUGAAAUGUGCGUGUGUGUUAAACAAAGCAGAAUUAAUCGUUUAUUAUCAUCACGUAUGUAUGUAUGUAUGUAGAUAUGCAAGAUAAUACGCAAUAAUAAACUAAAAUAUGCAUACAAACAUCAAAACAAGAAAAUGUUACGAUAUGGAUAAUUUGCGAUAUGAGAAGAUAUAAGAAUAUUUGUGUCAAUGACCAACUGAUGAAUGAUCUACUAUAAAAUACAUAUAAACAAUAUAUUACUUGUUGAAAAAAAACACACAUUUUAACGAUUUCUUUGUAGCAGGCAAGCGCGCGUUUUCGAAUUUAGUCUAUGUCAAUUGUUGUGAACAGAAUAAAAUUUGUAAUUUUACUAAAAAAAUACUAAA